CGUAAGUGCCCGCAUCAUGAGAAAUAUCCUCAUGACGCGUGAAUUCGCGUCUUUGGUCUUCUGUGGUGGGGUUGAUUCCAUCCAAAAGUACCCCUCCAGAUGAUCGUGCUGCGACUGAUUGCGAUGACUGCGAUGACUGCGACAAAUGCAACGCUCACCAUGGUUGCAAAUCUAUUGCUUCAGUCUCUCACAGACCUUACUCAAGAACUUGAAUCCAUCAUCACAAGUAAAGUCCAGGUACCACUGAAACCACUUCUCAACAUCCUCAACAAGGAUUGCCGACAAACACUCCUAGCAACAUGGGUGACAUGCAAGCAAUGUCAGAUCAAACCUCUGAUAUAUUCCCUGGUCAGACGAUACCAUGACCAUGACCUCGUCCUUCCAAUCCUGCGAAAAUUGUCCCAAAACCCACAGAUUGCUAUUGAGCUCAGCACCGCACAGGAUAAAUAUAGACUGUCCAUCAUCCAGGAUCUCGCCUUCCAGGAUCCAGUCGACGAUCUCUCCGACAGUAGCACUUCCUGGCAGUCCAGAGAUGCUACCCAGUCUCUUUCUCAGCCCAGUUUACCGGAUGCUCAAUUUGAAGUUCUCUUGGCGACUUUGCCAUAUCAAAAUUAUGCUCCGGUCGAAUUGGCCAACCUUGUCACAGGAAUUCUAGGAAAUAAGGCUGGCUGUAGAGCCUCGGUCUGGAAUCGCGCUGUCAAGCUUGUGCUGGAGUCGCAGCCUCUCGAAACACUAUCCAACGUUGAUGAAAAGGUCCUGCAAAAGGCAUAUACAAACUGGAAGGUCCAGAUGCAGUCGAGAGAUAAUUAUGAGGCCAUGACAUCUAUCCACAUCGCCUCUUCUCUAGCCCAGUUCUGGGACCAGCUGCACGAAAAUCCCCCAUUCCACCCGCACCACCAGCAUCAUCCUCGUCCGAGUCUGCCACCAAUCCUGGAAACUUGGAUUGCCCUCGCACACGAAUUCUUCAAGUUGCCCAAAGGACCUAGUACUGCAAAGGCAACCUUUCUUCGCUCCCUCAAAGCCGUUGUCGACUCCAGUUCGUAUUCCUCCGGCGAACAUGCUGAAAUGGUGGCGAUGGGAAGACACGUCAUGGCCUCCCUGGACCGACCCAGUGUAUCUGAAUGGAACAAAGAUUCCGGGAUUGCAGCCGCCAAAUUGAGUCAGAAGAUGUUGGAAGUCUCCAUUUCGCCGCUGAUGAGGAUCAAUGCCUUCUGCGUUCUCGCGUCGGCCUUUGAAUCAGCCUCGCAAACAGAACAGUGGCAGAUGUUUGCUACCGUGGAGCCGAUUCUUCUGUCUCUCCUUCGACAAGAGGACUUCAUUUGCCCGAGUGAGGUUUCAGAACCCAAAAUAUUCCUAGGUCAGAUGGUGGCUAUGAUGCAGGCGGUAGAAGGACAUGGUCAUGGCACGGCCAGAUUGUCUUCCUUUUUUGGGAAGCUGGUUCCUGUCAUCUUUAAUCUGGCCAACCCGUCACUCAUCACCCUCCAAAAGUCGAUUGGUACUGAAUGGGCACUCCUCUUCAUGUCUGCCCUUGCCUCUCACACGUCAAAGCAGCCCUCUGGUUUCUCGGGCCGAUCCUUCUGCACCAUCGUCCGCGACAUUGGAUUCCCAGAAUGGUGGGCAGUAAACAAUUCAAAACCAGGUCGGCCUAAGAACUGCGCAGGGUUAGGAAUUUGUCCUCACAUCGUCGAGUCCAGGAGACAGAGACUUUGCAUCAGAGUCUCGAGAACAUUCAACGACCUUGUAGGACACAGCAAUUUUGACGAAAGAGCAGAUGCGGAGGCACAAUUACAGCUCGACCAAGCGACGCCCGAAAGAAGCUGGAAUAUCUGUCAGUGGCUGCCGUCGACUGUCAAAAGUCUCCCAGUUGGGAACAAUACACCCUUGGCCAAUAUCCCCAAAUCCCUGAGCCAAGAGCUUCGAGCUGCCUGCGCCGAAAUCCAGGCUGCUGCAAUGUUGCAUGUUGAGGAAAGAUGUCACAUCUUACGAGAACGAUGUGAAAAUAUUGAAAAACCACUGACCGCAGAAAGAACCAAAGUUGCGGAGCUUGAACGUACCUUGGACGAUGUGAGAACAGAGUUUGGCACUCUCCAAGAAUUGCAUCAGCAUCUAAGGUCCGAGUUCUCUAGGGCUCGUGAACAUCGAGCAUAUCAAACACGACGUGCUAUCGGCUUUGCCGGACUUGCUUCGACAUUGAGACGUGAGCGGCAAACGCAGCAGGUGCAGCACUCUCACGAGGUACAAGCUCUACAACAAGGGCGCCGCGAAGAUGCUGCACGCGUUGCACGCCUAGAGGCUGAAGUCGAGGAUGCUCACGAGGAGAAUGAAGCUCAGGAAUUGGCUCGGAGGGGCGAGAAGUUGCUCGAGGAAGAGAUGAGGGAGAGGCUAGAGGAGUCGAUCAUCGAGCUUGAAGAACAAGUGUCGUGGCAGCAGGAGGAGAUGGCUAGACAGGAGAGAGAAUUGGCGAUGAAGUAUGAAUCCGAGUUGGCGAUCAAGAUGGAGGAGCAGGAAAGGGAAUUGAUGGAGACUUCUCGUGCUGAACUGACGGUCAGGAUGGAAGAGCAGAAUAGGCUGUUACAAGAACGCGAACAACGACAUGUCCAGGAGAUAUCUACGCGGGAGGAGGAGAUCAGCCAACAAGCCUCGAGGCUCAGGGCAUUGGAGGAAAGAUACCAGAAGUCGGAAGCACACGUCACGGAUCUUGAAGAGCAGGCGGAGAAAAUGUCUCAAUACCUUGCUGCGGCCAAUGGACGUGAGAAGAGACUCUUGGACAUCUUACAACCUCAAGGAUGACAGAGAUGUGAGCGGACGAGAUGGUUUUGGGCGUGUGGAGAUCCUGACACUCAUCAUGUCGUGUGAGGAUGUGAGGAUACCUAGUUUGGGUUGUGAGUCGAACACCUACCUGGUUUAAGCGUUGUGAACGGUACGACCACAAUCAGUCGUUUGGUGUUUGACACGCCGAAGCAAACGGCUGAACGUCCUGUUACUGCCGGCUUGUCUUCUGGAAGAGAAAAGAAUGGAAUGAGGUCAAACAAGUGAGCCCGUUGCUGGCCGAAGAUGAUAAGAUAUGUACCGUGCUUUACUUUCAAUGACCAAGAUGAU